AAAUAAUAUACUCAGAAUGGCAGGAAAAUCAGGAAAGGGAAUUGGUAAAGUCAGUGCUAAAAGACAUGCAAGAAAACCAAAUAAGGCUUCAAUUGAAGGAAUCACAAAGCCAGCAAUCAGAAGACUAGCAAGAAGAGGAGGAGUCAAAAGAAUUUCAUCAUUCCUCUAUGAUGACUCAAGAAAUGUUCUAAAAAGCUUCUUAGAGAAUGUUGUUAGAGAUGCCAUCACAUACACAGAACAUGCAAGAAGAAAGACAGUCACAGUCAUGGAUGUUGUUUACUCUUUAAAGAGAUAAGGAAGAACUCUUUAUGGCUUUGGUGCAUGACUUUUCUUAUAGUUUUUAUUCAAGAUUUAUUUAAAUCAAAUCUAAC